AUGUCACCCAAAUCUUCCCCUUCACAAUAUGUCAUUGCCGUGGUAGUUGCUCUGCUUAGUAUUACCGCUUAUUUUCUCACAUCGAGCCUUCCUCUUGCAGCUACAAGUGUUGAUUCACUUUGGAGCCUUACAGGCCUCAAGCACUUCAAGAUGUCGGCGCACUCACAUUUCCGCAAAAUCCAGAGCUUCAAGACCGACUAUGCCCCUUGUACAAUCACUCAAUAUGUAUCAGAACGCAGUGGUAUGCAAGUUGUUGUUGCCGAUCGAAAGGGCCCCAAGCUCAACGGCUAUUUCACCCUAGCCACUGAGAUCUUUGAUGAUUCCGGUGCUCCCCAUACCCUUGAGCAUCUCGUCUUCAUGGGUUCCAAGAGUUACCAGUACAAGGGCCUUCUCGACAAGCUGUCUUCUCGAGCCUACUCUCACACCAACGCAUGGACCGCUACAGAUCACACAGCUUACACGCUCGAAACCGCCGGCUGGGAUGGUUUUGCCCAAAUUCUUCCUGUCUAUCUUGAACAUGUCAUCUUGCCCACUAUCACAGAUGAGGGUAUUGUGACCGAAGUUUGGCACAUUGACGGUGAAGGUAACGAUGCUGGAGUUGUUUAUUCCGAAAUGCAAGCUGUUCAAUUCCGCAGUUCCGAAAUCAUGGAUCUUAAGGCUCGUCGUCUUCUCUACCCUGAGAAUGUUGGUUUUCGUUACGAAACUGGUGGAAUGACCGAUGCCCUCCGGGUUCUCACUCCUGAUCGUAUUCGACAAUUCCAUCGAGAUAUGUAUCAGCCGCGAAAUCUGUGUCUGGUUCUUGUCGGAGAGGUCAACCAGGAUGAACUUCUUCAGAUUCUUGACAAGUUUGAAGAGUCUAUCAAGGAUGAUAUCCCUUCUCUUGAUACUCCAUUCCAGAGACCCUGGAUUGACUCUGCUUCACCCCCAAAGAUUAGCGAAACCAAAAUCGUGACCGCUGAGUUUCCCGAGGAGGACGAGUCUGUUGGUGAGAUUCUCGUUGGCUUCUUUGGUCCCGACUGUAUCGACCUUAUCAACUCUUCUGCCCUGAAUGUUCUCCUCACAUACCUAUGUGGUUCUUCUGUCUCUAUUUUAGAGAAUGUCAUGGUUGAGAAGGAGGAACUUGCGAGCUCAGUCUCUUACUGGACGGACCCUCGACCCAACUCGGUCAUCUGGCUGCAGCCGACAGGUGUUGCCACUGAGAAGCUCGAGUUUGUCGAAAAGCGACUUAUCGAGUUACUCAAAGAAGUUGCCUCCAAGCCCAUCGACAUGGACUAUAUGAGGGAGUGCAUCCGUCGUGAGAGGCGCCAGGUCAAGUACCAUGCUGAGACAUCCGAGUCUUUCUACGCAACAAACAUCAUCACUGACUACCUUUUCGGCAAGCGGGAUGGAUCUACGCUUGCAGAUCUACAAAACCUGGAGGAGUACGAUGUUUUGGAGAAGUGGUCGGACAAGCAAUGGCGAGAUUUCCUUAGCCAAUGGAUGGCUGACGCCCCUCAUAUCUCUAUCCUCGGCAAGCCUUCCAACGAGCUCGCUACUAAGAUGAAGAAGGACGAAGAAGCUCGCAUUGCUAAGCGUAAGGAAGACUUGGGCCCUGAUGGCCUCGAGAAACUUGCCAAGCGUCUUGAAGAAGCCAAGAAGAAGAACGACGAACCCAUUCCUGCCGAAGUGGUCGAUCGUUGGAGCGUUCCUGGUACCGACUCUAUCCACUUCAUCGAGUCGGACACUGCUCGCUCUGGACGUGCCCGUUCAGUUGGCCUGGGCAGCGGACCCGCACAGAAGCUCAUCGAAGGUGCAGCCCAAGGCAAGCUUCCACUGUUCAUCCAAUUUGAGGAUGUUCCCACCAACUUUGUCCAUAUCUCUAUUCACAUUGGUACCUCUCAGGUACCCAAUGAGCUCAAGCCUCUGAUGCCCAUUUUCAGCGACAACUUAUUCAACACGCACAUUAUGCGUGAUGGUAAGCAGGUCGGCUUCGAGCAGGUCGUUAUGGAGCUUGAGAGAGACACUAUUAGUUACGCCCUCAACUCCGCUCGAUACCUCGGCGAUCCUGAUGGCAUCAUGAUUCAAUUCCAGGUUGAGCCUGAGAAAUACGCUGCAGCAGUCGAAUGGAUCCGUACCAUGAUGUUCGACUCUAUCUUCGACCCUCAGCGUCUCAAGGCUAGUGUCACCAAGGCUCUGGCUGAUAUUCCUGAGUCCAAACGUGAUGGCAAGUCCAUGGCCAGCGAGGUCAGCGCUGCCUUCCACAUGGAGAAGUCAUCACUGGCUGUGGCUAAGCGUGUGCUUGUUCGUGCGGUAUAUUUAAAGAGACUCAAGAAGCUUCUUGAGAAGGAGCCCGAAAAGGUUGUCGGCUGGUUCAAUACGAUCCGAGACUCACUCUUCACCUUCCAGAACCUCCGUUUCCUUGUCACAGCCAAUCUUGCCACUCUCCCCAACCCCUUGACCACCUGGGAUACCCUUUCCAAGUCUCUGACCGUAUCCGAGAACAUGAUCGAUAUUCCUAAGCCCGUGAGCCUUCUCAAUGAUGAAGGUCGUAAUCCUGGUUCGGUUGGCGCAGUCAUCGUCCCCAUGACCGCCCUUGAGAGUUCUUACUCUGUUUCAACAGCCCAGGGCAUGGCCUCAUAUACCGAUCCCCGCCUUGCCUCUAUCAUGGUAGCUAUUGGCUAUCUUGAAGCUGCUGAAGGCCCUCUUUGGAACGCGGUUCGAGGUGCUGGUUACGCGUAUGGUGUUUACUUCUCCAGGGAUAUCAACUCUGGUAUCAUCUCGUACAACGUGUACCGCUCACCCGACGCCUACAAGGCCAUCAAAGCCUCCAAGGAGGCCAUUAGCAAGAUCGCCGACGGUUCCGUUGAGAUUGAUCAUCACCUACUUGAAGGUACCAUCAGCCAGAUCGUUGUCAUGUUUGCUGACGAGCAAUCUACUAUGCCUAGUGCCGCUCAGCAAAACUUUGUGCAAGGCGUGGUGCGUGGUCUGCCCAAGGACUGGGAUAAGGAAGUGCUACGACGUGUGCGAGAUGUCACUGUUGAUGAGAUCAAGACUGCUUUGCGUGAGACUGUCCUGCCAUGUUUCGAACCUGGCAAGAGCAACAUCGUCGUCACUGCUGCCAAGAUUAUGCAAGAGGGCAUGGAGGCUUCAUUCAAGGAGAUGGGCUACAAGGUCCAGACACAUGAGCUCAGCUACUUCCACGAUGACUAUGGCCUCAAGCCUGAGGAUGGAGAGGAAGAAGAAUCGUCCGAGGAAGAUGAGGAACUAGAAGGUUCAGAGGGGUCAUACGAUUCUGAUGAAUCCGAUGAUUAG